UUGGGUGUUGACGCACCUGUCAACCACAAUGCGAAGACGCUGCACCAGCAGGAGAAUCCCCGCGUGCCACUGUCGCCUUGUCAGCGGCGUGCGUGUCCCGGCCAAGCGACUCCCGCGGAUUCCUCCUUAGUAGAUUCCCCCUCUCUCCUACGGUUAUUUGAUAGUUCUGUCUUCACGAUUCACCACGCUAUGUUCUAUUUGUUCAAGAACAACACCGUCGGCGUUCAACGAUAUCUUUCUGGGCGUCUCUUUUCAUUCCCAACUGAUGAGGUUGAUUUUUACCUCCCUCAGCUGCCCAUCCUCUUCUUGCGACACAGAGACAGCGCCAAGUGUCUUCAGUCGUAUCUCUCGCAUAGAGUUAACACGUCGCUGCGGUUUGCCACGGAGUUAGCCUGGCUCCUGGAGACGCUUUGCACUUCGUCCCCCUCAUCCCCGUCACUUUUUGCCGGCACACCGAAGCUGCCAUCCGGCACGCAUCGUGUUUUGAGGCGUCUUGUCCAUCCACCCGCACCAUCCACCUCCCUCCCACACCAGACGGCUCCCUCACCGUCCCUUCCUUCCGCUUCCUGUUCCAUGAACGAGACCAAGGACGGCCCGGAUACUAGCAGCAUCACGGGCAGCCUCGAUUAUUCGGCGUCUGCGGAAGAAACCAACAGGGAAGAAUCACGCUUGAAAUCUUGCGAAAGCUGCUGUGAUGGCGAAGGUGUCGAUGCUGAACAACCCGUGAUGCCUUCCCGCUUUGCUGCCCUUGAGGAAUCAGAGCAUCCUCGACCUGUAACUCCUGAGGGCCACGCGAAAUUGGCGUCAUCCACGUCAACUCUAGGCAGUUUGGAACAGCAGGAGCUUGCUUCAGUGGAUGCUGCCAAGGACGAGGACGAUAAUCAACCCAGAACUAAACACAAACGGACUUCUUCUGAUCUCACUUAUUUAUUGGGCUCGGGAACGAGGCAGGUGGCUGGGAUUCGGGGUCCCUCCCUUCCCACCGUCAGCGGAAAUGAGUCCAGUGCCGAUGAUGAUCAAACACAAGAGCUAGAGCUGGAGGAAGUCUCGCUGAAUCCGAAAAUUGCAGCUUUUGCUGCCUCAAAAUCUGCUCGCAGUCAAUCCUGGAUUAAUAUGCACGCGAGUUUUUACGAUCGAACGUGUCGUUCGGACACACAUCUGCUUUGCUUGGCGGCGAAUCCCCGGUCCCCGAGCUUUUCCACCGACCUCCUCUACCUCCCACCAGCUCAGACUCAACACCUACCGCGUCUCACUGAGGGCCUGCAAGAGCUACUCGAUGAGAGCUUGCAUGCCGAUCAGAUUGCGAGCAUUUGCCGGGGCGAGUGGGACUUCAUCAACGCCCUGCUCUCAAUUAGUCGCAGAUUGACAGACUAUAGGUCCAAAGAACAGCGGAGUAAGCAUCUUUUCCUUCUUCGUGGUGAUGAGUCGGGCCAUCUGCAGGCGGAGCUGUCCAAGCUGAACGCCGGCCUGCCAGCACGUGUCUGGCUACCCGUGGAAAAGACCGAACACAUCGUUCUGCGGAUUCCGCCCUCAGCGGCUGUCUGUCUCAACUCGGCAGAAAAGGCACCCUAUCUCAUCUACGUGGAGGUUCUGGUAUGCGACGACAUCACAAAGGCACAGUUGCCCCAACGGACUGGGAUUGCCACUGGUUUCACUCCCUCCAACAUCCCAAACCACCGAUUCCAUGACACUAGCGCACGCCACCACCUCUGCAGCUCCCUCCAUGGUGUUAAUUUUAGCCCUCUACUUACGCCCACUUCAUCGAAGCUUAGCAUUGGCGUGGUCCGUGCAAUCGCGGCACCCGAUUUGAUCAGUCUUUUCUCAAUGGACUCCGGCGAAAGCUCGGCCGGCGGCGGCGGUGGUGGUGGUGGUGUCACCGAGUCUGCCUCAAAUCCUGGUGAGGCGGCGGUCGAUGAUACUGCGGAAAAAGCAGCGAGGGCGUCCAAAAGGAAGACCGACAAUCGUGUGUACAUCAAAGCCAAGGAGAUUCGAGAAAGAUUAGAGAAAAACGCUGCCUGUCAACCACAAAGAACUUUCAGGGUAAUUCUGCUUGAUCCCGAGGAUCCCAGUGCGGCCGUUUUGAAGGAGCCGUGGGAGCUGAAGUCACGGCGGAUACAGGAGUCUUCGCCUUGGGGUCACCUACCGGGUUGGCAGUUGGCCGCGGCGAUCAUCAAGGUCGGCGACGAUCUCAGGCAGGAGCAGCUCGCCCACCAACUCCUCAGCCUCCUUAAGAGAAUCUGGGAGGAAAACCACGUGGAGCUGUGGCUACGUCCUUUGAACAUCGUCAUUACCUCACACGACAGUGGCUUAAUAGAGCUCAUUCAAGACACCGUCUCCCUUCACCAGAUUCGACGCCACGCAAAGAUGUCCCUACGUGACUACAUCAUUCGUGAGCACGGGCCGCCCAACUCCGAGGGAUUCCUUACUGCACAGAAGAAUUUUGUCCAGAGCUGUGCGGCCUACUGUAUAGUUGGCUAUCUGUUUCAAGUUAAGGAUAGACAUAACGGAAACAUCCUGAUAGAUAGAGAGGGCCACGUGAUACACAUCGACUACGGUUUCAUGCUCUCGGCAUCCCCGGGACGCAAUUUCGGCUUCGAGAUGAGUCCCUUCAAGCUGACGCCGGAACAAGUAGAACUGAUGGGGGGACUGGGAAGCGACAUGUUCACCUACUACCAGGCUCUCAUUCUUCGUGGCCUCCUUGUCGCGCGCAAAUGCAUGGAUGAGCUUAUCCUUCUGGUCGAAAUGGCGCGUGCGGGCUACCCGCACCUUCCGUGCUUCACUUCCUCGACUUCUUCGUUCAUCGGAAGUCGGUCGAAGUCCACUCACCCAACUAUUGAGGCUUUGCGGCAGCGCUUCAUGCUUUCUUCGACGGAUGAGUGUUUAUCACGGUUCGUUGCAGGAAUGGUACGACAGUCGCUAAAUUCUCUCACCACUCGCCUCUACGACAACUACCAAUACUAUGCUAAUGGGAUACUUUAG